AGUGCUUGAAUGUUAGCUUGGGCUACUCCAGAUUUUCUUUCUUGUUUCUUCUGUCUCCCUCGCCAUCGUUGACCUGGUCUCCAUUUUUUACUCCAAGAAAAAGCUAAUUAAAUGAAAAUCCCAAAUCUUUAAUUUACUUUGAGGGAAAAAAGUCUGAUUUUUUUUGUCGUGAUUUUUUGGUCUUUGAGUUUACCAGAUCCGCUAGAAGUUUAUACUAAAUUUGGAGUAAGGAUACUUAGGGUUUUGGUUUUUCUUUCGAGAUGAUGAUAUCAAGAGGUUUAUUCGGGUGGUCGCCACCCCACAUACAGCCGUUGACACCAGUAUCGGAGGUUUCGGAGCCGCCGGAAUCGCCUUCUCCGUACUUGGACCCAAGUGCGGAAUCAGCAGCUGCGGCGGCGGCGCAGGCGGAGGCGGAGGAGGAAAUGGAGGAGGCUGAAGAGCUGGAACAAACACCCGCUGCUGUUCCUUUCUCGAGGCUCUUCACCUGUGCUGACCAGCUUGAUUGGGCUCUCAUGCUCGUUGGAUCGAUUGCUGCUGCUGCUCAUGGGACCGCUCCCGUUGCUUACUUGCAUUUCUUUGCGAAGAUUGUUCAUGUUCUUGGAAUUGGGUCGUCAGUUCCGGAGAGUUUGGAUGAGCAAUUUGAAAGGUUUACAGAGCUUGCUUUAACUAUUGUUUAUAUUGCUGUGGGUGUUUUUGUUGCUGGCUGGAUUGAGGUUUCAUGCUGGAUUUUGACGGGAGAGCGGCAGACUGCUGUCAUCAGGUCAAACUAUGUACAAGUUUUAUUGAGCCAAGAUAUGAUUUUUGAUACUUAUGGGAAUAAUGGAGACAUAGUGAGUCAAGUAUUGAGUGACGUAUUGCUCAUCCAGUCUGCUCUUAGUGAAAAAGUUGGAAAUUACGUUCAUAAUAUGGCUACAUUUGUCAGUGGUCUAAUUUUUGGUUUUACCAACUGCUGGGAGAUCACACUCAUAACUCUAGCCACUGGUCCAUUCAUUGUUGCUGCUGGGGGCAUAUCCAAUAUAUUUCUUCAUAGGCUUGCUGAGAACAUUCAAGAUGCUUAUGCUGAGGCAGCUAGCAUUGCUGAACAGGCGAUCUCUUAUGUUAGGACCUUGUAUGCAUUUACUAAUGAAACUUUGGCCAAAUAUUCUUAUGCGACCUCUUUGCAAGCAACUUUGAGAUAUGGUAUAUUGAUUAGUCUUGUGCAAGGGCUUGGUCUUGGAUUUACGUAUGGGCUUGCAAUAUGUUCUUGUGCCUUACAACUUUGGGUUGGAAGGUUCCUGGUCACUCAUAAUAGGGCUCAUGGUGGUGAAAUAAUCACAGCUCUUUUUGCUGUAAUUUUAAGUGGCCUUGGGCUGAACCAAGCCGCUACAAAUUUCUAUUCAUUUGACCAAGGACGAAUUGCUGCUUAUAGACUUUUUGAGAUGAUUAGUCGGUCAUCCUCUGGUUCUAAUCAGGAGGGGAACAUCCUACCCUCCCUUCAAGGAAAUAUAGAGUUUCGCAAUGUAUAUUUUAGUUAUCUCUCUCGACCAGAGAUCCCUAUAUUGAGUGGAUUUUACCUCACUGUACCUGCUAAAAAGGCUGUGGCCCUUGUUGGCAGAAACGGCUCUGGGAAAAGUAGUAUUAUUCCACUUAUGGAACGGUUUUAUGAUCCUACAUUAGGGGAAGUUCUUCUGGAUGGAGAGAACAUUAAGAACCUAAAGCUGGAGUGGCUGAGAAGCCAAAUAGGACUUGUUACUCAGGAACCUGCAUUACUCAGUUUGAGCAUAAAAGAUAAUAUUGCUUAUGGGCGAGAUGUUACACUUGAUCAAAUUGAAGAAGCUGCAAAAAUAGCACAUGCACAUACAUCUAUUAGCUCGCUUGAGAGAGGAUACGAGACACAGGUGGGGAGGGGUGGCUUAGCAUUGACAGAAGAACAGAAAAUCAAACUUUCUAUUGCUAGAGCUGUGCUUUUGAACCCAACAAUCCUUCUGCUCGAUGAGGUUACUGGUGGACUCGAUUUUGAAGCUGAAAGAACAGUUCAGGAAGCUCUAGAUCUUCUGAUGUUGGGGCGUUCAACUAUAAUAAUUGCUCGACGUCUUAGUCUCAUACGAAAUGCUGAUUAUAUAGCUGUGAUGGAGGAGGGUCAGCUGAUUGAAAUGGGUACACAUGAUGAGUUACUAGCCUUUGAUGGCUUGUAUGCAGAGCUCCUUAAAUGUGAAGAGGCAGCAAAACUUCCAAGGAGGACGCCAGUUAGGAACUACAAGGAGAUGUCAACUUUCCAGAUUGAAAAGGAGUCUUCAUCGGCUUACAGCUUCCAAGAAUCAUCAUCUCCAAAAUUGAUCAAAUCACCUUCUCUUCAAAGAGUUCCUGGUGUAUUUCGAGCCCAUGAUGGUGCUUUUAACUCACAAGAAUCACCUAAGGCUCAUAGUCCACCACCAGAGAAAAUGCACGAGAAUGGUUUGCCUGUGGAUGGUGUUGAUAAGGAACCGUCAGUCAGGAGGCAGGAUAGUUUUGAAAUGAUGCUACCAGAGUUGCCCAAACUUGACGUUCAGUCUACCCAGGAGCAGAAAUCAAACGGUUCUGACCCAGAAUCUCCUGUAUCACCUCUUCUUACUUCUGAUCCUAAAAGUGAACGUUCUCAUUCUCAAACUUUUAGUCGCCCUCUCAGUCAUGCUGGUGACAUCCCAAUGAAAGCUAAGGAAGCGCAUCAUAAGGAAGCUCCAUCUUUUUGGAGGUUAGCACAACUUAGUUUUGCAGAGUGGCUCUAUGCUGUGUUGGGAAGCAUUGGUGCUGCAAUCUUUGGCUCUUUUAAUCCACUUCUUGCUUAUGCUAUCGCUCUGAUAGUAACAGCAUAUUAUAGGCGUCGGGAACAAAAUGACUUACGGGAUGAAGUAGACAGGUGGUGUUUGAUAAUUGCCUGUAUGGGUAUAGUAACUGUUAUUGCCAACUUUCUGCAACACUUCUACUUCGGCAUUAUGGGGGAAAAGAUGACUGAACGGGUUCGCAGGAUGAUGUUCUCAGCAAUGUUGCGGAAUGAAGUCGGAUGGUUUGAUGAAGAAGAGAAUAAUGCUGACACCUUGUCCAUGCGAUUGGCAAAUGAUGCUACAUUUGUACGGGCCGCUUUUAGCAACCGGCUUUCAAUAUUUGUACAGGAUAGUACUGCUGUUAUUGUUGCUUUGCUAAUUGGGCUUUUGCUACAUUGGCGGUUGGCACUUGUGGCACUCGCAACCCUGCCAAUUUUAACCGUCUCCGCUUUUGCACAGAAAUUAUGGCUUGCUGGAUUUUCUAAGGGAAUCCAAGAGAUGCAUAGGAAGGCAUCGUUGGUCCUCGAGGAUGCAGUGAGAAACAUUUACACUGUUGUCGCAUUUUGUGCCGGUAAUAAGGUAAUGGAGCUCUACAGAUUGCAGCUGAAGAAAAUAUUGAGAAAGAGCUUCUUUCAUGGAAUGGCAAUAGGUUUUGCAUUUGGCUUUUCGCAGUUCCUUCUUUUCGCCUGCAACGCUCUUCUCCUUUGGUACACCGCUCUAUGUGUUAAAAGAGGCUACGUGGAUCUGCCUACGGCUGUCAAGGAGUACUUAGUUUUCUCUUUUGCCACCUUUGCACUGGUGGAGCCAUUUGGAUUGGCACCGUACAUUCUCAAGAGGCGGAAAUCUCUCGCUUCAGUGUUUGAAAUUAUCGAGCGAGUCCCUAAAAUCGAGCCAGAUGAUAACUCAGCAUUGAAGCCACCUAAUGUAUAUGGGAGCAUCGAGUUGAAAAAUGUUGAUUUCUGCUAUCCUACCCGUCCAGAAAUGUUGGUAUUAAGCAAUUUUAGUCUUAAAGUUAAUGGCGGACAGACUUUAGCUGUCGUUGGAGUUUCAGGAUCUGGGAAGAGUACGAUAAUAUCUCUCAUCGAGAGAUUUUACGAUCCGGUCGCAGGUCAGGUUCUACUUGAUGGGCGGGAUUUAAAACAAUACAAUUUGAGGUGGUUGAGGAAUCACUUGGGUCUUGUUCAACAGGAACCCGUCAUCUUCUCAACUACUAUCAAGGAAAACAUUAUAUAUGCAAGGCACAAUGCUAGCGAAGCCGAGAUGAAAGAGGCCGCCAGAAUAGCUAAUGCUCACCAUUUCAUCAGCAGCUUGCCUCACGGUUACGACACGCAUGUCGGUAUGAGGGGUGUGGAUUUGACCCCAGGACAGAAACAAAGAAUCGCCAUUGCCCGAGUGGUGCUAAAGAAUGCUCCCAUCUUAUUGUUGGAUGAAGCUAGCUCAUCCAUUGAAUCCGAGUCGAGCCGAGUGGUGCAGGAGGCACUUGAUACGCUGAUAAUGGGGAACAAAACUACCAUUUUGAUAGCCCAUCGAGCAGCGAUGAUGAGGCAUGUUGACAACAUUGUGGUACUUAACGGCGGUCGAAUCGUGGAGGAAGGGACACAUGAUUCUUUGGUUGCGAAAAAUGGCUUGUACGUUCGUUUAAUGCAACCACAUUUCGGGAAAGGUUUGCGUCAGCACCGACUGGUUUAAUUUAAUUCAGCUUGUGAUAAACUGUAAUUACACAUUUGAAGAGCCGGAACUCCCACCGAUAUGUGUGUACUUAAUCGAAUCUCUUGUUUACGAAUGGGGGGGGGGGUGAUGCAACUCGUAACAACGUUUUAUGAGCGAUGAACCAAAGAGCAAGCGAGAAUGAUUGAGGUUAGUAACAACGUCAACUCCGGCAGGUAGGCAUCGCGGUGGCCGUAGUUAACAUUGUUUAAAGGUAGGCUUUAGGGUCUGAAUUUGGGUGGUGUGUUAAACAGAUAGAUUCACAUUCUUUCAAGGGGGGCAAAGCAGCAUUAAGUUGAGGCUUGUCCCUUUUGUCUCAAUGGUAUAUUAAUUUUGUAUAUACUCAUAAAAAAUUGGUUGAAAAUUUUAGAUUAUUUUUAGGUGUGAUUUCUUCAA